AUGUCGGGCUCCACUUACAAAGACGUGUUCUCGCAAUUUCAGCUUCCCGGAAUUUCUUACGCCAUGAUAACACUGUCUUCGAUCUUUGUUCUCACGUGCGCGGGCAUGCAAAUGUGGAAUCACAAAAGAUGGGAAAUGCAGGACUUCUUAUUAUAUCUGGCAUUCUUUCUCUUCCUUGUCAUGGCGAUGUUAUACAUGACCAUCUUCCCCAAGAUAUAUAUGAUCGACAAGGUCGAACGAGUUAUUGCCCUGCCCAUCAAGCUCGUCUGGAAUCUACAAAUGGCACGAGGACAAAAGAUAACUGUAAUCAUCCUCUUCGCAUCAGGUUUCGUGUGCAUCGUCGUCGCCACUCUCCGCGUCGCCCAGAUUGGCAUCAACGCUGGCAUCUCCGCCUCGCCCAGUCCCUCAUGGCUUGCAAUCUGGACAAUGGUCGAAACUCCCAUAGCGGUCUGCAUAGGCUGCUGCCUUGCCUUCGCUGUUCUCUACCGUACUGUCUGCACGACAAAUAUCUUAUACGACACGCAAGGCCAUGUGCGACAGCCUCACAGUCGAUCGGGCACAAAUUGA